AUUUGUUUUUGGCGGGAAAAGUUGUCAAUUGGAAUUGCAAUUACGCGAAAGGCAUCGAAAAUCGCUAUGGAUAUAGCCGAGUUCACCCCGGAAGUGCUGCCAGAUUUACUGCCCAUAUACUAUAAAAGAAUUUUUCCGUACGGCCCUUUUUAUAGAUGGUUGAGCUACAGUGAUGUGACACCUAAUUACUUUCAAAACAGAGAAUUUUCUUUCACACUGGCAGAUGAUGUAUAUAUACGUUUUUUGUCUUUCUCAAAUCAAGAGGAAUUAGAAUGUGAAAUGCAAAAGAAGAAUCCAUUUAAGAUAGAUUUAGGUGCAGUGUAUAAUUUCAGGCCUAAAGAUCAUCGCUCAGUUUCACUUUUUCAACCACUGGAAAAAGAACUUGUGUUUGAUAUUGAUAUGACGGAUUAUGAUGAAGUGCGUUCAUGCUGCAGUGGUGCAGAUGUCUGCAUUAAAUGCUGGCGAUUUAUGAGUGUUGCUUGCAAGGUGUUAGAUGCUGCCCUUAGAGAUGACUUUGGUUUUAAGCACCUUUUAUGGGUUUUCUCUGGACGAAGAGGUGUACAUUGUUGGGUAUGUGAUGGAGCAGCACGUAAGUUAGAUGCAUCAGCGAGGUCUGCAGUUGCUGAGUACUUGACACUUAUAUCUGGAGGAGAUGGACAGGCAAAGAAAGUGUCAUUUCCAGGUGACAGACUCCACAGCUCUAUCAAGCGUGCUAUAACUUUCAUUGAACAACAGUUCAUGGAGAUAUGUAUUGAUGAACAAGAUAUCCUGGGUCCACCAGAAGCCAUAAGAAAAUUUUUAGCAAUUCUGGAUGAACAGAUGAGGCAGGAUGUGGAGAAGGAAUUUCAAAAAUUGUCUACUUCCCGGGAACGUUGGGAUGCUUUCACAAAGUACAUCAAACAACAGCAGGAGCAGGGGCAUCUGAAAAAAUGGAAACAAUUCAUCAUCCAGGAAAUAAUGAUUCAGUACACCUACCCAAGGUUGGAUAUUAAUGUCACAAAAGGACUGAACCAUUUAUUGAAGUCGCCAUUUUGCGUCCAUCCAAAAACAGGAAAAGUGUGCAUUCCAUUUAAUCCAAAAGCAGCAGAGAAAUUUAAUCCAACGGCAGUUCCAACAAUCAGUCAGUUAAUUGAUGAAAUUCAGAAAUAUGACGCUAAGACGAAGGAAUUAUUAACAGAAGAUGAUCGUAACAAGAGAGUCAAAGAUUAUAAAAAAACGAGUAUGUACAAGGGUGUCGUAGUUUUUGAAGAAUUCUUACGGAAACUUGAAAAAUCAGGAAAAGAUGAUGUUAUCAGCAGGCAUGAUCUCAGCAUGGAAUUUUAAGAAGCCAUUGGGGUGAAAUGAUGCAGUUACCAAAAGAACAAAAGACUGCUGCUCCCACAUAACAUAUCAGAACACGCUUUUCUUUGUGUUAUAAGAUGUCCUCAAUAUUAAUGAAUGUUGUUUUUAUAAUUAUGUUGUAAAUUAGUUCAGUAUUAACAUAUGUUGACAAUAAAGACUUUGAAUAAGUCUGAUAUAAUCCUUAAUGUCCUUAAGUGACCUUCCUC